AUGUCUCAUUCAAGGCGAAGAGUUGAGAAGGCGAUCAAAAGUGUGACUGCCAUGUGUCAGACGGUAGCGCCCUUGAAUGAAGUUGAUCUACAUCUUGACGAAUGCGGGUUUAUGAAAAGUUUUCAUUACCUAGAAUAUGUUUCGAACAGUUGCAACGUGACUGACUUCAUGAAUAUGUGGCUGUCUAUCCUUGACAAGACGGAUACCUGUGAACGCUCUACCACUUUCGCUGCCGCCUUGCUUCCCCAUUGUGGCAUUUCGAUGUUGAACAAGUGUUUCUUGAUUUUACAAGGGUUGAUUGAGCGACAUCCUGAAGCUGUCAAUACGUUCCUUAUGUUGUAUAGUAUGCUGUACGCUAAAUCAUAUUUUGACGUCGAUAGGCGAACCAUUUUGAAUUCUAUUCGUGGUCUUUUCAUCAACAGAUUUGCUGUAACACCGGCCAUAAAUUUUCUGUCCAUAGUAUGUCGUCAGGCUGGUGAGGAGCGUAGCUUAGCAUAUGAUCUGCUGAGUGAUCUGGUGACGAAGUUCCCAACAGCAUUCGAUGCUGUGAAACCUUUGGCCCUCCCUGCUGAGUCGGAUUCUCUUGAUCUACUUGAAUGCAAACUCAAGCUCAUGGCUGCACUCUGUAUUUCGACUGAUCGAUCUGACGAACUUCUUCCGUCACUGUCCGCUCUGCUGAAGAAAGACGCUGCUGUGGUCAAGGCAGCCGUCACUGUUGUUCUUGCUCUUUGCAAAGAAGAGAUUCUCGAUGUUAGUACUAUUCGAAAGCAGCUAAGCAGCAGAUUGCGGCAGCCAGGAUUUGAGGAAGCUCUUGCGAGUUACUGCGAAAUUCUCGCUACAAGUGCCACUCUAUCUGGUGAAGAUAAUGAGACGCUUUCACAAGAGUGUGUGGUGGAAUUGUGGGAGAUCACUCAACUUCGCAGAAAUUCUUCUGAUGCUGAUGAAGCCCGGAGAGCUGCAUGGACCGCUUUGGGUCAGUCUUGCUUUUCCAUUUUUUCUUAA